AUGUUGCCUUCCGCAGCACCAGGCAAAGUGUCGGAUCUCAAACUUGUAGAAAAGGGGGACAACUCCGCAACGCUGUCCUGGUCAGAGCCACCGACGAAAGCAGAGCUUACCGGGUACCAGAUACAGUACUACCCGACAGACAACCCUGAUAACGUGCAGUACAUGGAUGUGGGGAAAAACCCAACGCAAGCAACCGUUCUCAACUCAAACCCGGAUAUCUCCACAUACAGGGUUCGAGCCAAGACCGUGGACGGCAUAUAUGGCCCGUACAGCGACCCACUUGUCAACGGCAAGAUAGCACCUGUAGACGGUGGCGGUGGCGGUGACACUGGCCGUGCAACAGGAGGUGGCGGAGUCCCAUUGGUCGCGUGGUUACUGCCACUGCUGUUGCUGUUGAUCCCUCUACUGCUACUGGUGCCAGCAGAGGUCUACAGCUGAACUAUAGAUGAAUUUCAGGAAAGCAAAGCAGGUCACACUAGGCCACCUUAAACUCCUGGCUAGCUACUUGC